AUGCAGGCGCUCCAGAGUGUUCCUCAACUUGCCGAAGAGCUGGAGGGUGACCUGACCUUCUCCCUCAAGGCGUACGGCGAGCACCUUGCAACAAUUGGUCAACCGAGCAGCGCUCUCUGGCUCUAUUCUCAGGCCAUUCCGCUGCUCGAGCGUCCGCGAGGACUUCUCACGAACCUCGGUGCACUGCAUUACUCGCUCGGAACAGCGGCCGCAUCUAUGGAGAGCUUCCAAAAGGCGGGCGUAACGGUGCUGGACAUCGGCACGGGCACUGGAAUCUUGGCUGUGUUGGCGGCGAGGGCGGGUGCUUCGCACGUGUAUGCCUGCGAGGUGAACAGUGUCUUAUGCGACGUCGCGAGGGAAGUCUUGGAGAGGAACGGGGUUGCCGACCGCGUGACGGUGAUCCACAAAUCGUCAGGGGCCCUGCAGCCAGGCGUGGACCUACCCGAAGGCGGAGUGGACGUGAUCGUCACCGAGCUGGUUGAUUCCGGCCUCUUGGGAGAAAAAAUAAUCCCCGUUCUCACCGACGCGAGGGCGCGAGGGCUUUUGGCGCGGGGGGGACGGGUUGUCCCCGAGGACCUUGGGCGUCUGGAACAUCGGCUCCUGACCUCUCCACAGCCGGUGCUCGAGGUCGAUUUUUUGAGGGAUGGUGCAGACCUUAUGGCGCGCUCAGCAACGUGCUCGCCGCAGGGCGUUCCGGCGGCACCCGGAAUGCCUCCUCCCUCGGCGAUCGCAAACCUCGCUGUGAAGUGUUCGGGUCGUGCAGACGCGGUCGCCGUUUGGUUCGACCUUUGGCUGGAUAAGGAGCGAGGGGAGCGCGACGUCGUCAGCACCAGGCCGGGACAAAGCGCCCCCGGUGACGCGUCCGGCUGGGACGCCGGGAUCUACUUUGCGCACGGGGCGAACUUGAAUGAAGGAAGCGAAGCAAGUUUGGGAGCUUCCUCAAGGGUAGACAGACUUUGCUUCACCGUUAACGGGCAGGAAGGACUCCUCCACAAUUCCGUCGUCGCUGCCGAGACACCAAGCGAAGUUAUCGACCGCGGCAUCGGCGACAGAACUGUGGGCGAAGGGAGCCUUAGGACUGCCUACAACAGCAAUGGGCCAGUUUAUCUGGGGGAGAUGGAUAUGGCCAGGCUAAAUGACGGGCCCUUCCACUCCUCGCAAGCGAAAGCUGUGGCAGAAGCUCUGGUGGCCCAAGGCAUGGAAAUCAGCAUUCCUGCCGCCACGCGACAGGGUCCAAGGUCGAGCUCAGUUGCAUCCUCGUCGCAGACGCCGGCAUUUCACUCGCCGCCGCCGGCCUUCGUUCUCGACCUGUGCGGUGCGUGGGGUGUGGCUGGGUUGCUCGUGGCCAACAUGGAGCGGAGUGCUGACGGAGCACCUGCGACAAGGGUUCUUGCUGUCGCUGAAAGCGAAGAGUCUGCCGCGAUUCUGAACGCGAUCGCGAGAGAGAACGGCCUCGGACCAGACCGGUACGUGGCUACCGCGGACGGGCUCGUCGAUCUCGCGUCACGCGGUGGGGUUUUUGAAACGACGACGGCUAAAGGCGCGGACGAACGGGCCAGCUCAAUGGCUACCCGUGAGCAACGGGAUAGCGGCUGGCCUGCCCGCGGGAGCGACUUGGGCUGGGCUGUGGUGAUGACGUCGUCGGUGGUGGAAGCGUCGGGGCUGUUGAAGCAGGGGGGACUUGGGGGCCUGGAAUUGUGUCGACAUUUAGUCUCCGACGGCAACAACAGAAGCAGCGGAGGGCGUGAUGGCAGAAAUACCUCACCAACGGCCUUUGUGCCGGGACGUCUGGAAGUGGUGUGCCAAGGCCUCCAGCGGGCGUCCCUUUUGUCAGAGAAUAGGGUUCAAUCGGACAACUGCUGUGGUGUGAUCGUUGACCCCGUGAACGCGUUCAGCGUGGCGACUUUCAGAGAGCUCGACCUUUCUGCUGCCGCUCCAUGCGGCCACAGCGAGGGUUCCACACCAGCAGCAAGGAACGAAAAGACGACCGGUGGUGGUGUGGACGCCGAGAGCAGCACUCGCUGCGUCCCAACGGAUGGCGAGAAAGGCAAGGGUCACGAGGAAGAACAAGAGAUAUUUUUGACACCAUCAGCCGUGUGCUACGAGCUGGACCUUGCCAACGUGCAGGCAGGACCUGAUGGCUGUCUCGACAAACGAUCGGCCAGCCUGGUCGUGCAGCGCUCCGGGACUCUGCACGCGAUCGCUUACUGGUACCGGCAAACCCUCGGUGCGACGGUUGUGCUGGACACACAGCCGAGCGGUAACCCGGAAUGCAUCUCUGCGUCGUCUCACUUCAGGCAGGCUGCUGUCCUACUUGAGAAGCCGAUCGAGGUGAAAGCGGGUCAGUGCAUCGACAUGUGCGUAUUUUGCAACACCAGCAAGGGGGUCGUUGUCCAGGUAUUAGGUGUCACCGAGGGGACGGGGGCGGUUGGGGAUGAUAUGUGCAAAUCGUAAAACGCGCUGGGACGGGUGCGCUGCCUCCUUCGAGACUCUACUUGUGUGGAGGGGUUCAGUACGUCUGUCGCGAUCAGAUAUAUCUGCAUCUUGUGGUGGGUGUUGAGUUUGUCGGUUGAAGCCGCCGCUGCCGACGUGCUUAUUGAGACGCGUGAGGUUGUGCCACUUGUUUUUGGCUCCUCCGCAUCGUCCACCCUCACGCAUAGGACAGGUUUUUGCCGUGGAGGUCUUGAGGUUGGGCUUCAGAAAUCCCAACGUGCAAUUGGGGAGUAACAGAAAAAAUAAACUGAGAAAAAUUACUACU